AUCACAGGGAGUGGUAUUGGCAACAGAUGCGGACAGGGAGGGAGAGGCGAUUGCGUGGCAUGUAUACCAACUGCUGAAGGGGGCUGCAGCGGCAAGGAGGAGAGCAGAGGUGCAGCAGAGGGAGAAGGAGCAGCGGAGAGAGCGGAUGGUGCAACAGGCUGUUCUUAUAGAGCAGCAAUUGGCAGCAGAGGCACAGGAGGCAGCAGAGGAGGGAGGAGGAGCGGCUCUACAAGGUGCGGAGGGGUGGGAGGAAGAAUCCGAUAUCUUCUCCAGUGGAGCUGCUGCUGCAGAGUCGAGCCUCCCGAGUCCCGAAGCAGAAGGGUCGGAGGGCCUAGGAGGGCCGCCUAUUGACGCUGGUGGUGGUGGUGGUCCGGCCGCCGGAUCCAACGGCUGCGAUCUCACCAUCCACCGAGCCACCUUCCACGAGAUUACCCCAUCUGCUGUCCUCUCAGCCCUCUCCCACCCCCGCCUGCUCUCCCAACCCCUAGUCGACGCAUACUUCGCCCGCAGGGUGCUAGAUUUUCUCAUGGGCUUUAACCUGUCGCCUGUGCUCUGGAGGAAGCUUCCUGGGUGCAAAUCCGCAGGGCGUGUUCAGUCGGUGGCGUUGCGGUUCGUGUGCGAGAGAGAGGGCGAGGUGGCAGGGUUUAACGCGCAGGAGUACUGGACUGUUAGUGCCAUGGUGCAAGCAUGUCGCACCACCAAGGGUGCAGUGCUUGGAAGCUCGAAAGGGCUUCCAGAAAGGAAGCUGGCAGGGAGAGGCAGAGACGGAGGAGGAGAAGGAGGAGGAAGAGGGGAAGGAGCAGGAGCAGGAGAGGGGAGCGAUGCACCUCUGUCCUUCCCAGCUAGACUCACUCAUCUUUUCGGGGAGCCUGUAGGAGCAGGAGCAGGAGCAGGAGGAGGAGGAGCAGGAGCAGGAGCGAGACGAGCAAAAGAGGGGAAAGAAGCGAAAGAAGUGAAAGAAGCGAAACAAGGGAAAGAAGGAGAAGGAAAAGAAGCAGAAGCUGCAGAGGUUGAGGGUGGGAUAAGGGACGGAGAGAGAGCACUGGCAGCAGCAAUGCUGGUGGAGGGCAGUGAGCUGCAGGUGCAAGGCGUGCACCGCUCGCAGACCAGAAGGUCCCCUUCUCCCCCUUUCACUACUUCCUCCAUGCAGCAGGAAGCCUCGUCCAAGCUGGGGUUCAGCCCCAGCAGAACCAUGUCGGUAGCCCAGCGGCUAUACGAGGGAGUGGCACUGGGCCCCGAAGCCUCUCGGGUGCUGCAAGGGAAGGGCGCGGGCGCCACUAAAGGGGCGGGGCGGAAGGGGUCUGGCGGAGGAGGGGUGGUGACUGGGCUGAUCACUUACAUGCGAACAGACAGCGUUCAGGUUUCCCAAACGGCGGUGGCGUCUCUGCGCUCCCUUCUGCAGCAGAAAUACGGCAGCAAACUCGUCUCUCCGUCGCCCCGCGUGUUUGCCUCCAAGGCGAGGAACGCCCAGGAGGCACAUGAAGCAAUCAGACCGACUCAUCCACACCUGCUGCCAGCUCUGGUCAAGCCCGACCUGUCGGAGGAGCAAUGGAAGCUCUACGCUCUCGUCUGGGCCCGAUUCGCAGCCUCUCAGAUGGCAAACGCGGUCUACGACAGGGUGGCAGUGGACAUUGCAGCGUAUCCCCUCGAUCCCUCUCUGCUCUCCGCCUUCCCCUCACAAAUCCCUUCUGAUUCUGGAGCUUCCGCUCUCGACCCAGCUGCUCCUUCCGCCUCUCCUCCCGCUCUUCUACGAGCCAACGCCUUUGCAAUCGCCUGGCCGGGCUUUCUCGCCGCAUACAGUGAUUCGAGGACGCUGGGCUACCUGUCCGACCUAUCCGAAGGGAUAACCACGGAACCGCCACCUGGCGAUGCCAUGUCAGCAGAGGCUGACAGCACAGCUGCCACGUCAGACGUGUUCCAAGAGAUAAUGGCCCUUCAGCCUGGCGACAGGCUAUUGGUCGAAUCCGUGGAUCCUAGUCAGCACUUCACGCGGCCCCCUCCGAGAUACACCGAAGCAGCUCUGAUAAAGAAAAUGGAGGCGGAGGGAAUCGGCCGACCAUCCACCUAUGCUCCCACGCUCAAGACGCUGCUUGAACGCAAGUAUGUGGAGCUGGAUUCGCGCAGAUUACACCCUACAAUAAGGGGACGGCUGGCCAACGCGUUUCUCCUCCACUUCAUGGAACCAUACGUGAAUGCGGGAUUCACUGCCCAGCUCGAAUCCAAGUUUGACGACGUGGCAGCAGGGGAGGAGGACUGGCGGCAGGUUCUCAGAAGCUUCUGGACCGACUUCCAACCGAGAGUGGAGGAAAUGCACAAGCUGUCUCCGCAAGCGGUGGGGUCGGCAGUGCAGGUGACCCUGGGUGAUGGGCUGCUGGUGGAAGCAGCAGAGACGUACUCUGAAGUACUGGCCAAAGCCCGCGCUCCUCCUCUUUCCCCCUCCUCCUCCUCCUCUGCCUCCUCUGCCUCCUUAGUCUCCCCUUCGUCAGAGCCAUCAGCCCUUGCUGAAACGCAUGUAUCGUCACCAUCAUCACCAGCAUCGUCGUUGUCAACAGCCUCGCACUCCAAGACAUGCCCAAGCUGUGGCAGCGGAGAGCUGGAAUACAACUUCUCAAGCCGAGGAGUGGGUCUCUUUGUGGGCUGCUCCGCCUAUCCCACAUGCCACUUUAAAGCCCGAGUGGUGGAGCAGGAGGGGAAGGCGGGUACCCUAGCUGUGGCAAUCGACCCAGUGGCACACAUUAUAGGGGAGGACCCAAGCACAGGGGCUAAGAUCUGGCUUAAAGUGGGUCCCUAUGGUGCGUACGUCGAGCGAUCGUCGUACGGCAAAGUCUCCAAAGUCAACCGAGCGUCCCUGCCGCCGGGCACGCAUCCCGACUCGGUUGACCUUCCCAAGGCCCUUGAGCUUCUCGCAUUUCCUCGGACCAUCGGGCCACACCCAGAGGGGGGAACCGUGCUUCUCUGCAACGGUCCCUUUGGCUUUUACGUGGAGCAUGAUUACCCCGGAAUCGGGCUCAUCAGAGCAUCUCUGGGCACGAACGUGAGUAUAGACGAUGUGACUCUAGAGAGCGCCAUCGAGCGCUUACAGGUGAAGCAGGCACGGGCAGAGAGGGCCGCUGCAAAGAAGGCUGCCAAGGCUGCAAAGACGGGCAAGGGGAGCAAGGCGGGCUCAGCAGAAACAAGCACAGAGGCUGGGAAAGGGGGAGAGAAAGAGGCGACCAAAGAGGCGAGAAAAAGAGCAAGCAAAGAGGCGGGUAAAAAGGCGAGCAAGAAUGCAGGGAAGGACAAGAAGGGAGAGCUGUUGCAGCAGGAGGAGGUGAAAGGAGACGGGAUGGGAGCUGGUGGCGCAGGGACAGGAGGGAAGGCAGUGAGUGUGAAAAAGGGCAAGGAGGCGGAGGAGAGGGAGGGGAGGGGGGGAACGGCUCAAGAGUUUACACGUGAGGAGCAGCAGGAACGGAGAGGAAGCAAGGGAGGAGCAGAGGUUGCACGGCGGAACCGACUUCCUAGAAGGCCGUCGGAACAGCUGAAGGAGAUCAUUGGGAAGGAGCACGAGCAACUGAGCAUAUUCGAAGCAGCACGGCUAGUGUGGGACUAUGUGAAAGCCAAUAAUCUCAAGACCGGAAAAAACACAGCAGCGUUUGACGAGAGGCUAAGGGAGCUCUUUGGAGUUGACGAGGCGCAUUCCACCAAAGUGCCAGGGCUGCUGCUGCCGCACAUGCAGGAAGUUGCUGAAGCGGGGAAGGAAGCUUCUGAAGUGGGGAGGGAAGCUUCUCUAGUGAGGAAGGAAGCUUCUGAAGUGGAAAAGGAAGUUGCUCAGGCUGAAGAGGGAUCUGGAAAGGAGGGAGAAUCGGCCAGGGAAGGAGGGAAGGAGCGUGGUCAAGAAACAAGCAAGCUGAAAGGGCCUAGAAAGCAAGAAAGCAAGGCAGUUGGGAGGAGCAAGGUGACAACAGAUGUGGAGGCUGGAGAAGAGGCUGGAAAGGAGGGAAAAGCGGCCAGGGAAAGAGGGGAGGAGGACCAGGAGCGAGGGGAUACUGAGGAGGGGGAGAGGGGGAAGGGGGAGACAGCUCAAGAGGUCAAGCUUCGGCCGGAGCAGCAGCGCAUGAAAGUUCUGGCAAGCCUUGGAGGAGCAGAGAUUGCACGGAGGAACCGGCUUCCCAGAAGGCCAUCGGAACAGCUGAAGGAGAUCAUUGGGAAGGAGCACGAGCAGCUGAGCAUAUUCGAAGCAACACGGCUAGUGUGGGACUAUGUGAAAGCACACAACCUCAAGACGGGAAGCCGCACAGCAGCCUUUGACGACAAGCUGAGGGCCCUCUUUGGGGUUGACUCGGCGCAUUCCACUAAAGUGCCGGGGCUGCUGCUGCCGCACAUGAAGGAAGUUGAGAGCUCUGACGGUGCUCUGAUUGCUGAAAGCUCUGAUGGGGCUCCCUUUGGGGUUGACGGGGCACAUUCCACGAAAGUGCCGGGGCUGCUGCUACCACACAUGCAGGAAGUUGCUGAAGCGGGGAGGAAAGUUUCUCAAGUGGUGAAGGAAGCUUCUGAAGUGGGGAGGGAAGCUGCUCACGUGGGGAAGAAAGCUUCCAAAGUGGGAAAGGAAGCUUCUGAAGCGGGGAAGGAAGCUGCUCAAGUGGUGAAGGAAGCUUCUCAAGUAGGGAAGGAAGCUUCUCAAGUGGAAAAGGAAGCUUCUAAACUGGGCAAGGAAGCUGCUAAAGUAGGGAAACAGAGCAAUUAUGUCAGAGCAAGCAAGGGAGGAUCGGAGCUUAUUCGUCUGAAGCAGCUUCCCAGAAGGCCGUCUGAGCAACUGAAGGAGAUCAUUGGGAAGGAGCACGAGCAGCUGAGCAUCCUCGAAGCAACGACCCUUGUGUGGAACUACAUUAAAGCCAACAACCUUCAGGCUGGACCCAACUCAGCAGCCUUUGAUGACAAGCUGAGAACCCUCUUUGGGGUCUAA